UAUGUGAGAAAUCUUAGGUAUGAUGAAAAACCAGAUUAUUCCUUUUUAAAAAAGAUUUUAUAGGAAAGAUUUAUCAAGGAAGGUUAUUAAUACGAUAAUAUUUAUGACUGGAUUUUAAUCCCAAUGAGUAUUCGUAAUCCAUUUUACAAAAGUAAAAUACCACUCACAAUUGAAUUACUUUAAAACGAAGAGAAGUAAAUUAAUUAUUUAAAAUUUGUAGAUAUUUGAAAGAAGAAUAUGAGAUAUUUAAAAAUUAAAACUUUAAUAAUUUAUUUGCCAUAGAAAAAUAGGAUAAUAUUUAAGAUCAAGUUUAGUAAUAAUCAAAUUUAAAUAUUAAAUCUAUUGAAUAAUAAAAACUAAAAAAAUAACAGAUUUAAUAGCCAGCUCUACAAUAAAAAAAAGAUAAAGAUUGCAUAAUAUUUUGA